AUGGACGCAGAAUUCCCCGUUAUUGCCAUUACUGCCCCGAACUUCAACAAGAUGGACAAAUACGGCGACGUUUUCUUGAGCUUUUCCGAUACCGUUUUUGGGUUUUGGGAGGAUUUUCACGCCCUACCGGAGAAUUCAUCAUCCAACUCCCAUGAUGACGGCGACAACCUGGUGGAGGAGGAUGAAAGUCUUUGCUCUCUGGAAAAAAAUAAAGCUUUUUGGGACGAACAAUACCAACUUCUCCAGGUAACUUUACGUAGGACUAGCUCGAUUGAGACAAGAGUUCGGGAAGCUACAAAGGAGGCUCUAAGCGAAUUGAAUAUAUCAGACACGCAGUGCAUAUGCCACCCAACGGUGGUUGUUAAAAGCUGCCGGAAUUGCAUGAGAAGAGAAAUAUGUGAUCGUUUGUUGAAUCUUGGCUACAAUUGUGCCAUUUGCAUAUCUAAAUGGAGGAGUUCAUCGGAAAUCCAGUUAUCGGGGGAGCAUACUUAUCUGGAAGUGAUGGAUAACUCAAACAGUAAAAGAGAAGUAAAAGUGGUAAUUGAAUUGAAUUUUCGAGGCGAAUUUGAGAUGGUACGUGCCAAUGAAGAAUACAACAAAUUAAUUAGCCGUUUACCCGAAGUAUUUGUUGGAAAAGCAGAAGGGUUACGAGUCAUAAUUAAGAUUAUGUGUUCGGCUGCUAAAAAAUGCAUGAAGGAGAAGAAAAUGCACAUAGGACCUUGGAGGAAACACAAGUACAUGCAAGCUAAGUGGCUUGGCAUCACUGAUAGUUCUAAAACUGCGCCCCUUCCUGCAAUUUACUCUCCACGAUCACAAAAACCUAAGGCUUCUAUGCUCACCUAUGAUUUAGUAGAAAAUAUUCCAAGCCUUCACUGUGCUGUUCGUUGCUAG